AGAACCCAAUUUUCGAUGAAAACAAAGAAAGGAACGCACCAAAUCCCAACAACCAAGUGCACGCAAACAAGAAACGAAUCCAUCCUUCUAUAAAGCGCUCCACGCUUAGCUUGCCACCUCGCUCUGUCCUUCUCUCCACACACUCUUUGUAUUCUCCGUCAUUCUUCUCAGAUCUCUGAAUCUCUGAAUUUCCUUUGUUGAUUCCAUCGAUCGAGCUCUUCUUCAAUGGCCUCAGUCAUUGGAUCUUCAAUGGCAACAAUGACCUGCCUCUCUUUCAAGCAGAGCAAGGUACCAAUUCAUGGGGUAUCAAAACUGAAAUCAGUUUCAUUCUCCAUCAGUGAAAAGAGCCACCCAUCUCUUAGAAUGCAGCCGGGAUUAUCCCGCUUCCGAAUUUCCUGCGCGGCAAAGCCAGAGACCGUGGAGAAGGUCUGUAAGAUAGUGAAAAAGCAGUUGGCAUUACCUGAGGAUUCUGCAGUCACCGGAGAGUCUAAAUUUGCUGCACUUGGAGCUGAUUCUCUUGACACGGUUGAGAUUGUUAUGGGACUUGAGGAGGAAUUCGGGAUCAGCGUGGAAGAAGAAAGUGCUCAGAGCAUUGCCACUGUUCAAGAUGCAGCAGAUCUAAUUGAGAAGCUCAUCGAGAAGAAGGAUGCUUAAAAAGUCACCCACCCUGCCUCUAUUUUUCAUUAUUUUCAGUUUGCUUUGUUGCUUGUGGAACUUAUAGAGUAUCAUCAUAUCUGAUAAACCAACCAUACACGUUUGGCUGUUAAUCUUUUCUUUUUAUUUUUAUCCACAAUUCAAAUGUUGCCUCUCCCUGUUCUUGGGUAUCUGUUCCAUUCUGUCAU